AUGGCUUUUGCACCUUCCUUUGCUCGUCGCUUCGCCUCCACCUCGUGAGUGCGGCGGAACGCAGCCUCUGGAUGGUCUCCAGAAUGAUGCGCGGAAUGGCAUGCUCACACGCACCUCUUUCCUCUUCCUGUUGCCAUUCAGUUUCAGAAUGUCGAACGUAUUCUUUGACGUCACCAGGAACGACCAGCCUCUUGGCCGCAUCGUCUUCAAGCUGUACGACGAGUGAGUACAAGAAGGUUGAGAGAAGGAACGCUGCCGCCAACACAACCGCCAUGGGCUGGGACUGCUAGCAGCACAGUGGGACCUGUCUCCUUGCUGACUGUUCUGCCAUCAUCCUUUUGCCUCGAUCGUCCUCAGUGUCGUGCCCAAGACUGCCAAGAACUUCCGCGAGCUUGCUACUGGCGAGCACGGCUUUGGAUACGCCGGAUCUGGCUUCCACCGUGUGAGUAGGUUCAGCUCCCGGGUGCGCGGGCUAGGUUCGAGCACAUGCAGCGCGACGUCCUGGACGAGGGCAUUGUCGUGCAGCGAAGAAAGAUGAGGUUGCUCAUGCUGCUGCCGCUGCCCUUCCACAUUGCAGGUGAUUCCUAACUUCAUGCUGCAAGGUGGUGACUUCACUGCCCACAACGGCACUGGAGGCAAGUCCAUCUACGGCAACAAGUGAGUACUUGCACUCACGUCUUGUCCAUUGGAAGCAGCCAUCUCAUGGCCUCGCCCGCUUGCGCAAUGCUCAGGUUCCCCGAUGAGAACUUCCAGCUCAAGCACACCAAGCCUGGCCUCCUUUCCAUGGCCAACGCCGGCCCCAACACCAACGGCUCUCAAUUCGUGAGUGACCGUUCAUCAUUCGCGACCACGACGCAUGUCCGGGGUGAUACUCACCCUCUCCUUACCGCUGCCAUUCCUUGCCUGCAGUUCAUCACCACUGUCGUCACCAGCUGGCUCGACGGAAAGCACGUCGUGGUGAGUGGAUGACGCAAAGCGCGUCAGGCGGUGCUCUGAUCUGUACUGACUCUUCUGUUGUCGGUGUGCUCACAGUUCGGUGAGGUCGUCGAGGGGCUUGACAUUGUCAAGGCCAUUGAGGGUCAGGGCUCCGACAGCGGCAAGCUGAAAUCCAAGAUCCAGAUUGCCAAGUCUGGUACCGUCUAG